CUCUUUGUGGUUUCUUUGUAUAAUGGUGAACCUCUUAAGGCAAGCAUGUUUCUAUUAAAGGUAGGGGACAAGUUGAAGAUUCCAAGAUUUAAAAAGGUAAUUCCUGGAUUAUGUUGUAAUAGAUUCCAGUUGAGAGAUGAGUUUGAGUCAAAUCAUUGGUACGUGGCCCAACUUGAAUCCUGCAUCCAAUCCAAAUCUCUUUCUCAAGGGAAGAUUAUACAUCAACAUAUCAUUAAGAACAAUUCUAAUAUCAAAGAUUUCUCCAUUAUCCUUGACAAGCUUACUCAUCUCUAUGUUAAAUGUAAUGAAGUCGAACUUGCCCGCCAAGUGUUUGAGAAAAUUCCAAACCCAAGUGUUGUUUGUUGGAACAUGAUGAUCAGAGCUUAUGCCUGGAAUGGACCCUUUCAACAAGGCAUAGAUUUGUACUAUAAGAUGUUGCAACUUGGGGUGACACCCAACAAAUUCACUUUUCCUUUUAUUCUCAAAGCUUGUUCGGCUCUGCAAGAUAUACAAGUUGGGCAAGAAAUCCACAAGCAUGCCAAGCAACUUGGUCUCGAAAUGGACGUUUAUGUUUGCACAGCCUUGGUUGACAUGUAUGCCAAAUGCGGAGAUUUGUUUCAAGCACAAACCUUAUUUAAUUGUAUGUCCAGCAGGGAUAUUGUGGCAUGGAAUGCCAUCAUUGCUGGGUUUUCACUGCAUACACUUCACAAUGAAACUAUGGAGUUACUUGUACAAAUGCAACAAGCAGGAAUAGUUCCCAAUUCUUCAACUAUUGUAGCAGUUUUACCCACAGUUGGACAAGCUAAUGCAUUAAGCCAGGGGAAGGCAAUCCAUGGUUACUCUUUAAGGAAAAUGUUCAGUGACAGUGUUGUUGUUGGAACUGGUCUUUUGGAUAUGUAUGCUAAAUGCCAUCAUUUGUCUUAUGCCAGGAAGAUUUUUGAUCGGAUGAAGCAAAAGAAUGAGAUAUGUUGGAGUGCUAUGAUUGGAGGAUAUGUUGCUUGUGAUUUCAUGACAAAUGCAUUGGCCCUUUUUGAUGAGAUGGUACAUGUUUAUGAGUUAAACCCUACACCAGUUACUCUUGCAAGCAUACUUCGAGCUUGUGCUAAGCUUACUGAUUUGAACAAAGGGCACAGCUUACAUUGUUACAUGAUUAAAUCAGGGAUGGACUUAGAUACAACGGUAGGAAACUCACUCAUAUCAAUGUAUGCUAAGUGUGGGAUGAUGGAGGACGCAGUCGGAUUUCUUGAGGAAAUGACCUCAAAGGAUACAGUUUCAUAUAGUGGUAUCAUGUCAGGAUGUGUGCAAAAUGGCCAUGCUGAGAAGGCUUUACUUAUUUUUCGCCAGAUGCAGUUAUCUGGGUUUGAACCAGAUUUGGCAACCAUGAUGGCCGUUCUACCAGCUUGUUCACAUUUGGCUGCUCUACAACAUGGGGCCUGUUGCCAUGGAUACUCAGUCAUUCAGGGCUUCACGUCAGAGUCGUCCAUCUGUAAUGCCAUUAUUGACAUGUACUCAAAGUGUGGAAAGAUACAUAUCAGCAGGAAAGUUUUUGAUAGGAUGCAUAAACUGGAUGUGGUUUCAUGGAAUACAAUGAUAAUUGGUUAUGGUAUUCAUGGGCAAUGCACAGAGGCACUUUCUUUAUUCCAUGAGUUUCAGGUUUCAGGCUUGAAGCCAGAUGAUGUGACCUUUGUUGCUGUUUUAUCUGCCUGCAGCCAUUCAGGGCUUGUCAAGGAAGGGAAAUAUUGGUUUAAUGCCAUGAACCAAGAGUUCAGCAUCACUCCAAGAAUGGCACAUUAUAUUUGCAUGGUGGACCUUCUUGCCCGAGCAGGAAAUUUAGAUGAAGCAUACAUCUUUAUUCAAAGGAUGCCAUUCGAGCCUGAUGUUCGUGUAUGGAGUGCAUUGCUUGCUGCAUGUAGGACCCACAGAAAUAUUGAAAUGGGGGAAGAAGUGUCAAAGAGGAUCCAGAAGCUGGGACCUGAAAGUACAGGAAACUUUGUUCUUUUGUCAAACAUCUAUAGCUCUGUUGGGAGAUGGGAGGAUGCAGCACAAAUCAGAACAAUACAACAGCAUCAAGGUUACAAGAAAAGCCCAGGAUGCAGUUGGGUUGAGGUCUCUGGCGUAAUCCAUGGAUUUAUUGGCGGGGAUCAAUCUCAUCCACAAUCAGCAACCAUAAAUAAAAAAUUACAGGAGCUGCUAGUGCAAAUGAAAAGGCUGGGAUACAGUGCAGAUUCUAAUUUUGUUCUCCAUGAUGUUGAAGAAGAGGAGAAAGAACAGAUUCUCCUAUAUCAUAGUGAAAAAAUAGCCAUUGCAUUUGGACUUCUUAAUAUCAGCCCCUCCAAUCCCAUUCUAGUUACAAAAAAUCUGAGAAUUUGUGUUGACUGCCAUUCUGCAAUAAAGUUUAUGACACUCAUAACAAAUAGGGAGAUAAUAGUGAGAGAUGCAAGUCGAUUCCAUCAUUUUAAGAACGGCAUAUGCAAUUGUCAGGAUUUCUGGUGAGAUAAAGGAAAGAACACUGUGGAUCCGAAACAGAAGAAACUAGCUAGGGGUUGUUGACAGAGUAACCACAGAAC